AUGGAACACGAUGAUAAAACCACAAACAUUAAUGAAGUCACAAUACAAAGGAAACGCGAGGAUCCUAUUGACUGGAAGGAAUAUUUUAUGGCAACAGCAUUUUUGGCGGCAAAACGAAGUAAAGACCCUAGCUGCCAAGUUGGAGCUUGUGUUGUAAGCAAAGAUAAUAAAAUCUUAGGAAUUGGAUACAAUGGUAUGCCUAUAGGAUGUAGUGAUGAUGAAUUUCCCUGGGGCAAAAAUACACCAUCACCAUUAAAUAGUAAAUUUUUUUAUGUUUGUCAUGCUGAGAUGAAUGCAAUUUUGUUCAGGAAUUCUGCUGAUGUUAAGAACUGCACUAUCUAUGUUAGUCUAUUUCCUUGUAAUGAGUGUGCAAAAAUUAUUAUCCAGUCUGGAAUAACAGAGGUUAUCUAUAUAUCAGAUAAGAAUGCUCACAAAGACAGUGUCAUAGCUUCUAAAAUAAUGUUAGAUGCUGCUGGAGUUAAACAUUGGUCAUACAAACCAAAGAAUGAAAAAAUUGUCAUCAACUUUACUGGGGAAGCAUGA